GUAUUGAUCAGUAAGAUUUAAAUACCCCUUGCCAGUUUCGCAAUCGGCUGUUCAUUGUUUGCUAAUACAUGUAGAGUAUUUUGCUGUUAUACAACAUGUGGUCUCGAUGGAAAUAAUACUUUAAUACUCAGUCUAAAAGAGAAUCAAAACUGAGAAUGGAUCCGCCAGCAGUUCAGCCCGUGAGUGCAGAGGAGGUGUUUAAGUCUCUUCCACCUCCAUCAUACGAAGAUAUUAUGGGUCACCAGGCGCAAACAUCGGCAAAAGCUAACAUCUCUCAGGAUGAGUUACCUCCCUUGGCAUAUAUUGACAUAAUGCCUAGAUGUCUUCACCCGGGAAAUAUGAAAGGAAAGAUUCCUCCUGAGUACGAUAAGUUCAGUACAUUAAUGGAAGCAGCAAAUCACUGGCUGCGAGGAAACCCAAACUAUGGCGUGUGGAAGUGUGAGACGGUGGAACGAAAGGUAGAACCAAGUGGACAGGUGGUGAUGGAGAGCAUGCUAUUCCACGAGGCCACAUACGGAUUUAAUGUCCACAUUAAUGGUAUAAGGUUGUGGUUAUACGCCUGUAACAACAAAUCAGCACCUCCGCAGCAACUGGGUCUUUUCAGUCGAGUGCCAGAUAAAGUACAAAUACCAGUCGCUUUCUACGGAAGACGACGUUUCCAUGGUCCAGCUUACAUACAUAAUGUAGCGUCAUACGAGGGACUCAGAACUACAAUGGACAAACUGAACGGAGAACUCACCAGUAACCCUGUAGGAGGAACUAUUUUGAAUGUGGAAUGUGCUGUGAUAAAAGCGGCGGAAGGAUUUGAAAAGUUGGACGUGGAUCCCGACAGUACAGUGUUUCAUGAAAAUGGAGGCAAAUCACGACGAUACACUCAGAUUCUCCGCAUAUUUUACGUCAUUGGAACUCCGGCAAAGGAAACUCUUGAAUUAAUAGAGGUGAUACCAAAAGUAACUCAACAACCGGGGAUGGGGACACCUGCAAAGUUUGAGUCAUACGCGGAAACGAUGGAUCGCCUUUCAAGAAAUCCCCCCUCAGAAGUUAGAGAAGGCCGGAUAGUCAAUAUACAAACACACCUUUCAAGAUAUAAAGAAAUAGGGGGUGAAGUUGAUGUUCUGUCCAACGAAACAGAUGACUUUGUCUCUGGUAUUUUUGAGAGAAAACAACUGCAGAUUAUUCGUAUCUUUAAAGUCCUGGGAAAUUCAACUAAACCCUUCCCAUCGUACAUUUCCUCCAAACUGUUUAUUCCCGUCCGCACUGGAGGCAGAUCGUUUGAAAAUAUGCCUCAGACCAUGUUCCGAAUCGAAGCCUGGUUACGAGUUACUGGUUUACCAGUUUACAGUGUAGAGACGGUGUCCUACCUCUUUAAAGAACACUCUCAAAUAGGUGUGGAUACCAGCAAAUCCAAUGUCGUCAGUCCUUCUGGGGUCGGGAAGCACUUCGUUACAGCGAUCAGGGUUUAUUUCUGUCAGCCCGUCCAGGAACCUGACCCCUCCCACCUACCCCUCGCGUUCCCAUGGACACCCUCCUCAGCGUCAUCUAGCUGUACCAUACUGUGAUACUUUCUUAUCAAUACAAUACUCAAUACACACUGUAAAUGUACAACCUCUGGCGAACAUGAUAGUCACUGUGAUACUUUCUUAUCAGUACAAUACUCAAUACACACUGUAAAUGUAUAACCUCUGGCGAACAUGAUAGUCACUGGAUUAUACGAAAGUUAUGUGUAGUGUACCUAUCUGUUUUGGCUGUUAUAUUUAUCAUAUAUCUUUUUAUAUACAAACAAAAUAAAAGUGAUUUUAUGUUAACAA